AUGGUUACGAUAGAUUACGAGCCAUUAACGCACUUGAAAUACAUUGAUGAGUAUGUGGGUCCCGAGGAGAGAGCACAUGUGGAGCAACUUGUGCGACUAGAAUUGGCUAGUCAGUUUAAUGCCAAUAUCAAUAAUUUAACAAACCAUACGAAUAAUGUUGAGGCUGAUACUGUUGCCAUUGCCGAAAAUCUGCUAAUAGUGGAUACGGAUAUAUCAAGCAAUUUACCUAUACAUCCAUUGGUGGAACAGCUAGUACCCUCUAUAGGCAACGACUUGCAAUUUGAGCGCCGGAAUGUUGUGGAUAUGAGGCUCCAGAGGUACGAAGAAGAAGAGCUGGAUAACGAUGAAGGGGAGGAUGAGGAAGAUGUAGAAGGCGUGGAGGAAGGAAAGAAGAACAAGGGCGUGGAUAUGACGAAAUACGCCGAUUUCAAUAUAAUUUCACCAGCAGAGCCAGGCUCCUCCUCCUCCUCCUCUUCUUCUUCAGCUGAGGAGAGAGAUGGUAUCAAUUAUACCAAUUUAUAUAUUACACUUGGCCACGCGACACUACGUCAAAGGAAUUUGGACCUAUUUGCACAAAAUCAAGAAGCAUUAAAAGGCUUGCAAAAGCAGCAUCUUGAGGAGUUGAGAAACUACAACCAGAUGCUCGCCAACGGCUUGAAUAAGAAAAGAAUUAUGGUUGAUGAAGUUGAAGAGAUGAGGAAAAAAAGACAAUUGAAUGAUUAUAAACCUGUCUAUGACUACUUGGACAAUCGAUGGAAACAAGGUAUUAACACUGCCCUCAAUGUUUCGAUCGAAAAGGCAAGAAAAGCAUAUGAAGAGUCUUGA